AUUGCUCGGGAGGAGUUAAUGAUUUAUGGGUCAGCUGGCAUGACCCUGGUUUCUGCAGAAUUCUGCAGAAAGCUUUUCUCCAUGGAGCCAUAGCUGAGCAUGUAGGCGGGUCAUGACUCCUCCUUUAGCUGUGCCUGGAGCCAGGGGACUGGAUGGGAACAGUCACUGCUUUGUCUUGGAAGUGCUGAACGCUCCAGGUCUCCAUCUCCUGCCUCCAGACCUCCAGAGAUUUGGCCCAGGGAAGGAAUGUGGUAACAUCUGUGGGAUCUCCAGACAGGAAUAAACAUGUCAGCUCUGGAGCCGGGGAGGCAGCGGGAUCGUGCUGCCGUCCUUGGGUCACUCCUCACUGCUGCUCUCAUUGUGACUGUCCACAGUGUCUGCGACGCUCCGCCGCGUCUCCAAUCCGCAGAGCUCAAGCAGCAGUACCCGAGCACUGCCUCAUUUCCCUACAAUUCCAGGGUGGAAUAUGUCUGUCGUCCAGGUUAUACGAGAAAUAAUCGUGUCAGUAAUGUCCUUGUUUGUGGACUAAGCGGGAGGUGGUAUGGAUCACAGGACAUGUGUACAGCCAAGCACUGCACCUACCCCGGGGAGCCGCCCAAUGGCAGACUCAUCCUGGGAGAGGAGCUCAGUUUGGGUUCUUCAGUGAACUUCACCUGCAACACUGGGUACAGACUGCUUGGAAAUUCUAAGAUUACUUGUGUGAUUAAAAAUGGGGCUGUUACGUGGGACAGAGAUAUUCCCAUGUGUGAGGUGAUACCGUGUGAACCCCCUCCAAAAAUAGCUGAUGGGGAGCACAGUGGGGCUGACAAGGAGCUCUUUGUGUACGGAGAGUCCGUCACGUACCGGUGCCGCAGUGCCAGGAGGGCAGAGAGACCUUUAUCCCUGGUGGGAGAAGCCUCUAUUGUCUGCACAACCACGGACAAUGUCAAUGGUGUGUGGAGCAGCCCAGCCCCAGAAUGCAAAGUGGUGACCUGUGAGCCUCCAAAGGUGGCGAAUGGGAGGCUGCUGGGUGGGUACAGGUCUGAGUACAGCUACGGAGACACCGUCGCGUUCGACUGUAACUUCCGCUACACCUUGAACGGCAGCGACGCCUCCACGUGCAAGAACAACAACUUCUGGGACCCCCCCCCGCCACUCUGCCUGCUCAGUAGCUGCAGUGACCCUCCAGAUGUGUAUAAUGCUGUUAAAGCCAGACUUGCUGGCAAUCUGUUCCCUGUGGACACUGUGGUCACCUACGAAUGCCAGGAGGGCCACGAGUUCAGCCCGGGAGAAACCACGCGGAACAUCCGCUGUCAGGCAAACUUCUCCUGGAGUGAAACCCCUCCACCAUGUGAAAGAAUUCGCUGCCCAGAUCCACACAUCCCAAACAGAAAGCUCACAUGGUACGAGAGAGCGUAUUAUGUGUAUGGAAACACACUGGAAGUUACGUGCAAAGAUGGGUUUGCCUUCAAAGGUCGUGGCAGCAGCAUCACACUUCGGUGUAUGAGUGAUGGCAGAUGGGACCCAGUGCCACCAGAGUGUGUUCCAGAACCUCGGUGCCAAAAGCCAGACAUUCCUCACGGAGUAGAGGUUCAGAAAAGCAAAAAUGACUACACAGUGGGGACCCAAGUGAAGCUGGCUUGUGAUGAGGGCUUUUCCCUCUGGGGCCCGGACUCGACCGAGUGUCAGGCUGAUGCAACCUGGGCUCCUACCUUGCCCUUUUGUGACAAAGCCUGUGGCCCCCCUCCAGAAAUCUCCAAUGGGCAGCACGAUGGCAUGGGUGCUAAGAAGUUCUACUACGGUGCCAGCGUGACCUACACCUGUCCAAAGGGUCUGUCCCUCAUCGGGGACGAAACCAUCUACUGCACCUCUGAGGAUGGGGAGAACCUGACGUGGAGUGGACCUGCCCCGGAGUGCAGGGUGGUUCGGUGCCCCAAGCCUGUGAUCAAGAGGGGAAGGAUGACCCCCCAGAGGUUCACCUUUCCCUACGGGGUGGUGCUGAGGUUCUCCUGUGAUGAAGGCUUCGCCCUGAGUGAUGCUCCAGAGAGUCAGUGCCAGGCUGAUGGCAGCUGGGACCCUCCUGUGCCCACCUGCCAGCCAGUUCUGUGUCCUCAACCACGAGUGGCCUAUGGAAGGCUGAAAAGCCCUUUGGAUGACAAAACGUGGUACCAGAUCAACGAGACGGUUACUUUUGGAUGUGCCCCUGGAUACCAGUUUUCAGAUGAUGGGAACCUGUCUUCAGAAGGCUCCUGGACAGCCACGUGCUUGCCUGAUGGCAACUGGACACCAUUGCCCAAGUGUAAGAAAGAAGGUGAUGCUGAUGUAUGUGAAGAGGUUCACUACAUUAAAUCGGUCUUUGAGUGCGGGCUGCCUGUAGCAGAAGUGAAAGCUCUGCUGGAAGUACAAAAACUGUUUCUGGAGAUUAAAAAACUAGAGGUGGAACUGAAAAUGUGUGACUGUGGGCCCCCACCUGUCAUGACCUACUCCAGACCAUCCAGUGACGAGCUCUCCAGCAGCUUCCCCGUGGGAUCCAGAGUGACCUACACGUGCAUCGAGGGUGCCCUCAAAAUCCCUGGGCUGCCAGACAUGGUGGAGUGUCUGCCUGGCAACCUCUGGUCCAGGCUGCCCGAGCCCUGUGGCCGGAGCUGCACUGCCCCGACCAGGUUGAGGUUUGCUGCCCUGUCCAAGGAGGAUGAGGUGAUUAACUUCUUCCCUGUGGGCACCAACGUGACCUAUGUCUGCCGUCCUGGCUACGAGAACACCUCGGAGAGCUCCCCCACCAGCACCUGCAUGGAGAACCUGACAUGGUCGGAAGCUGCUGAGCUGUGCAGGAGAAGGUCCUGUGGUGCCCCAGCAGCGCUGCCCGGGGGGAGGACGGUGCCCCUCACAGACCUGCAGUUUGGUGCCAGAGUGGAGGUGUUCUGUGAGGAUGGGUACAAAUUAGUUGGAAAUAAUUUCAUCUGGUGCCAGCUUAAAGGAAACGACGUUGAGUGGAGUCAACUUCCAACCUGUGAAUUAAUUACCUGCUCUUCACCUCCUCAAAUCAGCCAUGGGAAGCACGAUGGUGAAGGUGUGGAAAAUUUUGCUUAUAACUCAACGGUGACAUACAGCUGUGACCCUGGAUUCCAACUCCUUGGGAAUGUGAGCAUCCGUUGCACGAGCAGGGACAAAACCAAUGGAGUCUGGAGCGGAGCUGUGCCCAAGUGCAAAGAGAGGUCGUGGGCAGCCAGGAGAAGCUGGACGUGGCAGAAGUGCUGCUACACCACAUUCCCCACCCGCUGCAAAGGAUUAUUUUACCCAUGUGACUGUGGGCCCUUGCCAAAUAUCAGCCACGCAGAGCCCACAGAGGACAUGAAAGACAAGCAGAGCUUCAGUGAGGGCUCCACGGUGAGGUACGUCUGUGUCACAGGUUACACCAAACGCCCCUUCCUCUCCGACACCGUCCAGUGCCUCACAAACUCCCAGUGGUCCCACCUCCCAGAGUUCUGUGGCCGUAGCUGUCCCAGCCCUCCAUAUGUGCCAUUUGCUAAAAUAUCACAGGAAGAUCAAGCACAGAAUUUUUAUCCUGUUAAUACCACGGUGAAGUACAUUUGUCGCCCAGGCUUUGAGAACAUCACAGACCAGCUCCCCACCAGCACCUGUCUGGACAACUUAAAGUGGUCAGAAGUCCCUGAGCUGUGUAGGACUAUUUCUUGUCCUCCUCCUCCAGCCAUUCCCCAUGGGCAGCACGAUGGCAACAGCACGGGGAAGUUCCUGUAUGACUCUGUCACCACCUACACGUGUGACCCCGGGCUGGAGCUCGUGGGGAACAAAUCCCUCCGUUGUACAACAGAGAACGGGGUCCUUGGAGUCUGGAAUGGGGCUCCUCCUGAGUGCAGGGUUAGCACUGCAGCAGAGACAAACCAAACUGAACCCUCCAAGGGGAAUCCUUACUGGCUGGUUCCCCCAGUAGCCCUUGGAAUCCUAGCUGGGAUCAUCAUGAGGCAGAAAGACAAUGAAAAACACUCCUAUAGCAUGAAUUUACAAAAGCACAAGGUGAAGGGAAAGGAAGCACUGAUGCGCCCGAAGAAGCAGCCCAUGCCAUGGAAUUCCUAUUUUUGGAAGCAGCUGCACGAUGCCCUGGCCCCUCUCACGGUGCCCACGCGCCGCGGCUGCGCCGCCUGCCAGGACUGGCUGAGCACCGGCAAACCACGCACCUACUCGGUCCCCAGCGUUGGUGACAGGGAGAGCCAAAGCCCAGCAGGCACCAGCUCUCCUGCCAAUGCUGUGGAUGUGCAGAGGGGUCACGGUGCAGAAGAAGCUGGUCCAGAGUGGAGUGAGGCAGAGCAGCCCGUGGACCACAAAAGCCCACGGGGCCCCGUCUGCUCUCCCUGCACGGACCAGCUGCACCUCUCCCUCGUCCACAGCGACACGUGGAGCAGCCCCGUGGUGUGUCCCCUGGCUGGAGAGGGCACCCCAGCCCACCUCGUGCCUCAGCACAGCCCCGGCUGCCACGUGUGCCCCGUCUGUGCGGUGCCAACCCACACACACUUGUGCCAGCGCCAGGCACCCGAUGGGCUCUGCCCGCAGCCGCCGACUUUCGUCUUUGCGGAGCUCACCACGACCCCCGAGGAAUCCUACCCCGUGGGGACCCAGCUGAGGUACCGCUGCCGCCCGGGGUACGUGAGGAACGGGGACCAGGCCCCCGUGGUCACCUGCCUCCCCAACUCCACCUGGUCGGAGCAGCCCGACUUCUGCAUCGGAAAGUCGUGUGGGCAACCGGACAUCCCACAUGGCAACUUUUACACCAGCACCGAUCUGCUGCUUGGGGCGACUGUGACCUUCACCUGUAACGUUGGGUACCGACUAGUUGGGCCACCAACUGCACAGUGUGUAUUUAAAAAUGGUGAAGCUUACUGGGAUAACAUUCCAUUCUGUGAGAUUAUUCCCUGUCCACCACCUCCUGAAAUCACGAAUGGGCAGCUCCUUGGUGGGGAAACAGAAUUCACCUUUGGCAUGGCUGCAAGUUACAGCUGUAACGACGGUUUUUCUCUUAUUGGAGAUGUCACAAUUUUCUGUACAAUGGGUCCAAACUACCAGGGAACCUGGAGUGGUCCAGCCCCUGAAUGCAAAGUGGUCAGCUGUGAAAAUCCAGAUGUGAAAAAUGGGAAAAGGUUGUCUGGCUUUGGCCUUAAGCACACAUAUGGAGAUACAGUGAGCUUUGAGUGUAAUCCUGGUUAUAAAAUGAACGGUAGUAGUGUAGUUACCUGUGAAGCAAACAGUUCCUGGACACCACCCGUGCCAACAUGUGAGCAAAUCCGCUGUGGUUCCCCUCCACGCUUCCCUUUUGCCGAACUCCCGAUGCCUGUGGGUAACAGCUCUGAUUUUGGAACCAAGCUGAACUAUCGGUGUAACCCAGGAUAUAAGGCAGCACCUGGAAAGUCCUCUACUGUCAUUUGUCAGAGUGAUGAAACCUGGUCUGCUGCAGACCCAGACUUCUGUGUCCGACAGCAAUGCUCUCCUCCUGAAAUAAAGAACGGGAACGUGGCUGGAAACGAAACAACUUUCCCGUUUGAAACAGUUGUGAAGUUCACCUGCAAUGCCGGGCAUGAGGUAAUAAACCCUUCUGCCAAAUGUGUGGCAUCAGGAAAUGGAGUUCUCUGGGAUCCAGCACCUCCCUACUGCUCAAGAGCGAACAUGAUCGUUGUUGGAGCCACAGUCUGUGCCAGGGACCAGAGCAUGGUGCUCACCUUCACCCUCUGCCUCCUGGGCAGCUCUGCUUGGCUCCUGAUCUCCACGGCUGAGGCUCGAGUUCCCCUGUGCCCGAUCCCACACAUCCGGUAUGGGACGAAAGUACCCCCUGCUCGCUUGUACCACAGGCCCGGGGACAUCGUGAGCUUCACCUGCAACCGGGGCUACACCCUGCAGGGCUCCCGCAUCAGCACCUGCGGGGCUGACUUCAGAUGGAACCCACCUCUGCCAGUGUGCAAAAAGGGGGUGACGUGUCCUCGGCCACCGAACAUCGCCAACGGGCUGCACACUGCACAGUCCCUGGACAAGGUUUUCCGGGGAGUGACCGUGCACUACAGCUGCAGGGAUGGAUACACCAUGGUUGGGAAUGAGUCCAUCACCUGCACGGAGGUUGGGGUGUGGAGCCGGCCCCUGCCCCGCUGUGAAGCAAUCGGCUGUGAGACACCCGAGGUGCAGAAUGGGAAGGUCUACAGUCUGCAGAGCACCUACAAAGCUGGGGAGACUCUUCACUUUGACUGUGACACUGGUUAUGCUGCAGAGGGCACCUACCAGACUCGGUGCCAGCCUGGGGGAAUUUGGGAUCCACCAGUGCUCAUCUGCCAGAGGGGUAUUCCUUGCAAGCCACCUCCGGACAUUCCCAAUGGGAAGCACACGGGCAGGCUGCUGAAUGAAUUCCACUAUGGCAUAUCCGUAACAUACACCUGCAACCCUGGGUUCCCACUCCACGGAGAGCCCUCCAUCCACUGCACCACCCAGGAUGGGAAAAACGGCGUGUGGAGCGAGCCCAUCCCGACGUGUGGAGAGGCAAACUGUCCUGUCCCACGGGUCCAGAACGGGAGGAUCGUGUCUCCUAGAGCUGCCUACUCACACCAGGACACUGUGACCUUUGAGUCUGGCUGCAGUGCACCUGCCAGGCUGGAGUUUGCUGAGCUGAAGGAGCCUCACAACAACCAGACCGUGUUUCCCGUGGGGAGGACAGUGGAAUACGUGUGCCUGCCUGGGUAUUCCCAGCACCCAGGGAUGCCACCAUCCAUCACAUGCCUCAGGAAUCAGACGUGGUCUGCGGUGCUGGAGUUCUGUAAAAGGAUCGUGUGUGCUCCACCUCCGGCCAUCCCCCACGGGACACACAGCGGGCACUCGAGGGACACCUUCUCCUACGGGGACGUGGUCACCUACUCCUGUGACUCCGGGCACUCUCUGGCAGGAGAUCCCUCCAUCCUCUGCACCUCCUCAGAUGGGGAGCACGGGGUGUGGAGCGGGACAGCGCCGCGGUGCCAAGUGCCGCAGUGUCCUUCCCCUCCAAAUAUCAAAAACGGCCGGCAUGACAGCAAGGAUGUGGAUGUGUUUAUCCCUGGAAUGUCAGUGAAGUACCACUGUGACCCGGGGUAUGUCCUCACCGGGAAAACAACAGUUUCUUGUUUGACAUCUGGAUCCUGGAGCAUCCCUUACCCCCGGUGUGAAGUGAUCACCUGUGCAAGCCCCAGCAUCCGGGAUGGAGAGGUGGCUGAAGGCCAGAGCGCUGUGUACCACCCUGGGGCCAACGUCACCUUCCAGUGCCACCCAGGCUACGUCCUGCAGGGCACCCGUGCAGCCAAGUGCCAGCCCGACGGCCGCUGGGUGCCUGCUGUGCCCACCUGUGAGCGAGUGCUGCUGUGCCCUGAGCCUCCUGUCAUCGCCCACGCCACGCACGACGCGGAGCUCGGGGCCAACUUCACCAGCGGCGCGUCGGUGAACUACAGCUGCCAGCCCGGCUUCUCCCUCCUCGGAGACCCUUCCAUCUCCUGCACGGCCUCGGGGAGCUGGAGCCUUCCAUAUCCACGCUGUGCAGUGCUGCAGUGUCCUUCACCUCCAACCAUUGACAACGGAGAUCACAACAGCCAGGACUUGGAAGUUUUCACCACUGGGAUGGUUGUAAACUACAGCUGUGACCCUGGGUACAGCCUCCUGGGAGAGGCAUCGAUCUACUGCACUGACUCUGGCAACUGGAGCCUCCCUCUCCCUCAGUGUGCAGGUGGCUGUGGUGCACCUCCAAACUUCACCUUUGCUCAGCUAACUAGGGAAUACAGAAAUCAGGUGGAAUUUGCUGCCGGGGACACCGUGCGCUACAGCUGCCAGCCAGGAUACAUGAGACACCCCGGAGUGCCCCCAACCCUGACUUGCCUCAAAAACCACACGUGGUCUGAAGCGCUAGAGUUUUCUGUGAAGUGCCUCCAUCCUCCAAACAUCACCAAUGGGAAGCUCAAGGGCAACAUCUCUCACACUUUUCCCUAUGGAGCAUCUGUGUCCUACAGCUGCAAUCCUGGUUAUUCACUUGUUGGGAACGCUUUUAUCAACUGCACGGUGUCAGGAACCUGGAGCCAGCCUCUUCCUCAGUGCAAAGUGAGCGGUUCCCGCUGCUCCGCACGGCGGGGGACGGGCCCUCCUCUGAGGGCGAUAAUGGCGGGCGCGGCCAUGGCGCUGAGGGUGGGGCGGUCUCGCGCAUGCGCCCCGGCCCCGCGCUGCGUCUCGGCCGCUGUGAGGGAGCGGAGCGGGCGCUGCCGCGGCCCCGCCGCCGUCAUGGGGCGGCCGCUGCUGCCGGUGCUGCCGGUUCUGGUGCUGUGGGGGCUCGGCGGAGCGCGGGCUCAGGAUGCCUGUGGUCCUCCAGCCAGGCUGCAUUAUGCAGAGCUGGAGGAGAAGUUCAGAGGAAUACAGAGUUUUUCUGUUGGAAGUCAAGUCUCCUUCGUCUGCCGACCCGGAUAUAUGAGAAGCCCUGGAAAAUCCUUAACUCUUACAUGUGGUCCUGACUUACAGUGGUCACCCAAAGAGCAGUUCUGUAUAGAGAGAAGAUGUAAGCACCCAGGAGAAUUAGCACAUGGUUUUGUUGAUGUGACAGAUCUUACAUUUGGUUCAACUGCUACUUUUUCUUGUCAAGAAGGAUACAGAUUAUUUGGAAAUCAGAAGGUUACCUGUGUAAUUACAAAUGAAGGUGUUGACUGGGAUCGUCAGAUGCCUUUCUGUGAAGUGAUUCCCUGUGAUCCCCCUCCCAGCAUUGCCAACGGGCACCACACGGAACCAGCCAACUACGUGUAUCAGACUCCAGUGAGCUACUCAUGUGAUGAUGUUCCAGCAGGCUCAGAUCCCUUCUCCCUCAUCGGCUCAGAUACUAUUUACUGCACGUCUGAUGAACACUCAAAUGGAGUUUGGAGUGGGCCACCUCCACAAUGUAGAGUGGUCAAAUGUGAAAACCCGAGAGUUAAAAAUGGGUACAAAGUAUCUGGAUUUGGGCCUUCCUAUACUUACAAGGACUCAGUCCAGUUUGCAUGUGAUCCAGGCUAUUACAUGGUUGGAGAAGAUAUAAUUUCCUGUGCAGAAGAUAACACCUGGUCUCCUCCAAUACCAACCUGUGAGAAAAAUGUAUGUGAAGCUCCAAAGGUCACAAAUGGAGCCGUGGUUCCACUGAAAUCUGUCUAUAAUGAAGGAGAGUCUGUUCAGAUAAAGUGCAAUGCUCGCUGCUCUUUUCCUGAUGGCAGUAAAGAGGUGACAGUGACUUGUCAGGGACAGAAGACAUGGAGUUAUUUUCCAAAGUGUACAUGUGGGCCUGAAAGUCCUGGUUCCACUCCAGGAACAAGUCCUGGUUCCUCUCCAGGCAUAAGUCCUGGUUCUAUUCCAGGCAUAAGUUCUGGUUCCACUCCAGUCAUAAAUUUUGGUAGAGUAGUUGCGGGACAAAAGCCUUCCUAUGUUGUGGGGGAUUGUAUUACGAUUGAAUGCUACGCAGGGUACACGUUACAUGGUGAAGCUGAAAUUCGGUAUAUGGGAGGAAACCAGUGGUCUCCUAAAGUGCCAACCUGCCAGCUGAGUGGAUAUGUCAUAGCCUGCAUCUGUGUGCUUGUGGUGAUUGUGGUGCUCCUGGCAGCCUUCUGGGCCUAUAAGAAAUUCUUUUCACAGAAUGGCUCGUACACAACUGAUGAGAGUUGCAAGGAAACAUGUGUUCUAAAAUCUAAGGCCCCAGCUGAGAUGGAAGACACUGAAUACAUGAAUUAAUUUAAUCUUUAAAAGGAAACGCGACAGCACUCCAUGUACUACCGAAUAUAAGAUGUGUAAAGCAUGAAUGACCUUUUUGGGGGAGGUGGGAGGGGAUUUGCAGUGGAAUAUCCCUGCCAGAAAUGGAGAACAAUUGCACUUGCAUUGAGUAGACGAGUAUCUUGUGCUGUGUCUUGUCCUGCCCGGUUAAAUGUAGGAGGAGAUGAUAAAUGGGGUAAAAAGUGUGUCUGCAGUUGUAUAGACAGAUAUCUGUUUUUCCUCAUGGCCUGCUGUCUUUCCUCAUGGCUGUAGCAUCCAAGAGUGUCUGUCUGCAGGAGUCAGUGCUACCUCUUUGCUUACAGAAGACUGUCCAGUAUUCUCUGUUCUUUUAUGGUUCUGCUCACCAAAACUAUGUCCUCCUCCUCCUUUUUCUGUGGCUGAGGCAAUAUAAAUGUUGUCCCUUGUAUUGUUAUUGUUAUUAUUAUUAUUAUUUUCCAUGAGAGAUUGGUGUCAUUGAAGGCUGUGUCUUUUUGAAGCUAUCACAGGUCAGAUCUCAUAUGCUCUACCUCUUUGUUUGCCAGAGUUGAUUUCUGUGUAUCUAACUAAUUAAAGCGUGCCUUUAAAUCAGAGUUUUAUAGCUUUUCCUUUGCUUUUAAGAAGGAAAAAAGCCAUAUAUAUUUCUGACUCUUUGAUAUAUUCCUGCAAAGGCCACAGUGGAUUUAUUAUAGCAGAAAACUGGAGGUUUCUGUAGCAAAGACAUUCCCUGCCUUUGAAUUUGUUGGCCUGUUCUAGAAGUUACCUAAUUAAAGGUACUGGUGAGAAAUCAGUGGUACCAUGUCCUGUCGUGAGCAUGGUGUAAGUCCCUUAGUGGGCUCAAUUUUUAUUGAGCCUUGAUGUCAGUUCUGGAGAUACUUUGCUACUUUUCAGGAUAGAAAGGGUGCUGUGUGGAUCCACCUUCCUUGCUUUUUUUCCUUGAAAUCAUAUCUUCCACAUUUCAAAUCUCUGUAUACAGACAAUGAUGUUAAUCAAGCUCUCUAAUGAUGGAUUUAUCAUCAUAUACCUGUUCAGAAACAAAAACCUUUCCCUGUCAGACUCACUUUUCAUGUUAAAGCAAAACCAAAGCAGUUUAGUGCUGGGAGUGCAGGACUGGAUGUGCUGGCAGUGCUGGUAGAUGAGGUCUCUCUUUAGCUCCUUAACACAAUGUUUUAGUCCAGACUGUGACUCCAGGAGUUGGCAAACACUCCAGUGUUUGCCAUGAGACUCAUUGCUACUUCUAAUUCCUUAUCAAAACCAAAAGCCUAAUUAGGAACAGGUUUUAGCUUCAUGAAUCUCACUGUCAACCUACAGGCAGCUUCUAAGAACCAAUUCUCCCAGAAAAAAACCAAAUUGCCUCACUUCACAUGCCUGGGGCAGCAUUGAAACUGUUCUGGCUUGUCUGUGGUGGCUUGGCACUGCUCCACUGUCAUCAACUGAUUGUUGGAGCAACACAGAACUGUUUGGGGCUUUAUAGGGCUUUUUGGGACAAUCCCAGCGGUUGCAUUGUUAGAGCUCAUAAUAGUCUGUGGUUUUUACAAAGGGGUUUUGGCUCCACAGGAUGACUUGCUGUUCACGGCCUGGUUGACAUCUUAGUUUGAGAAUUGUUUGUAAACACUGGAUUGUGUGACUGGGGGGUUGAGUGUGGGGGUCACAAGCUCAGCUUGCUUCGUGUGGCAUCUGCAAUGUGCUAAAAACACCCUGAAAUGCACUUAAAGCUGGGCUGGAAUCACUGUAAAAAUUAGCCUUAUUUUGACACUUCUUUCCAGAUGUAAAGACUUAGUAAUGCCUUGUAAUAUUGCAAAUAAAAAUGUUUAAUUGUUUAGCA